AAUUACUCCUUCGGCAGUAAUUACUGCGAUUACUGAUCGCAGUUUUGGAUUUGAUGAGUGCUUGAAGGAAACUCGUCCAUGAUGAAUUUACUCAACUGGACCGAGGCGUCGGUAUAUCAAGCGAGGAUAAUGGAGGAGAUGGAUAUGGCCGGAGCACCAAUUCGCCACAUAGGCUGGAAUCUUAGUCCGGAGGACCUUGUUCAUAUUCCCGAACAUUGGCUUCUUUAUCCAGAACCUGAGUAUUCCCUGCACAUGCUUUUGGCUUUCGUCUAUGUCUUUCUAUUUUUUGCGAGCACGAUUGGCAACGGACUUGUUUUAUGGGUAUUUUGCUCAGCCAAGAGUCUGCGAACAGCUUCGAACAUGUUCGUCGUGAACUUGGCCCUCUGUGAUUUUGUGAUGAAUGCCAAAACUCCAAUCAACAUUUAUAAUUCCAUUUACCAUGGUUAUGCUUUGGGGGACCUCGCCUGUCAGAUGUUCGCCUUUUUUGGUUCGCUAUCUGGUAUAGGUGCCAGCAUGACAAAUGCCUGCAUCGCCUACGACAGAUACACGGCCAUCACAAAUCCAUUGGAUGGCAAAGUGACGAGGACCAAGGCCUUUUUGAUGAUUGUGUUUGUUUGGAUUUAUGCUGUACCUUGGGCUGUUUUACCGCUUCUGGAAAUUUGGGGAAGGUUUGUGCCAGAGGGAUUUUUAACAACAUGCACCUUCGAUUACCUAACAAAUACAUUUGAUACCCGCUUGUUUGUCGGAACGAUAUUCUUUUGUUCUUAUUGCAUUCCAAUGUCCGCCAUAAUUUAUUUCUACAGCCAUAUCGUCGGCAAAGUUUUUAGCCACGAGAAAGCACUACGGGAACAGGCUAAAAAAAUGAACGUUGAAUCGCUUAGAAGCAAUCAGAACGCUCAGAACGAGUCGGCCGAAUUUCGGAUCGCGAAGGCCGCGAUCACAGUGUGCUUCAUGUUCGUUUGCUCUUGGACGCCUUACGCCGUUUUGGCUCUGAUCGGAGCGUUCGGGGAUCAGUCUCUUUUGACGCCCGGAGUCUCCAUGAUUCCGGCGCUAAACUGCAAAUUUGUCGCCUGCAUAGAUCCCUACAUCUACGCCAUCAGUCAUCCGAAGUACCGUGUUGAACUUCAAAAAAAAUUACCUUGGCUGGCAAUAAAAGAAUCAGAUGGACAGAGUGACGCGAGAUCGACAGCGACAGAAAAUUCUUCUGCACCUCAAGCGGUUAUGGAUAUGAGAGGAUCUGCAUUUCAACAUCAUCUCGGCUGGGAUGUUCCUCCUGAAGAUCUUGUUCACAUACCCGAGCACUGGCUUCAGUUUCCCGAACCCGACCACUCCCUCCACAUGCUCCUGGCGAUUGUUUAUAUACUGUUGUUUUUCGCAUCGACCAUCGGCAAUGGUUUGGUGCUCUGGGUGUUCUCAUCAGCCAAAAGCCUGCGUACAGCUUCGAACAUGUUCGUCGUGAACCUGGCCCUCUGCGAUUUCAUCAUGAUGGUGAAGACGCCAAUCAACAUCUACAACUCCAUGCACCAUGGUUACGCCUUGGGUCAUUUCGGUUGCCAAAUAUUUGGGGUGCUGGGGUCUAUAUCCGGCAUCGGAGCUUCCAUGACCAACGCUUGCAUCGCCUACGACCGAUUCACGGCCAUUACGAGUCCAUUGGAUGGAAAAGUGUCGAGAACCAAGGCCUUCGUGAUGAUUUUGUUGGUUUGGAUUUAUGCGACGCCGUGGACUGUGUUGCCGUUGUUGGAGAUAUGGGGGAGGUUUGUCCCAGAGGGAUACCUGACGACAUGCACAUUUGACUACCUUACAGACACUUUCGACAACCACUUGUUCGUCGGUUGUAUUUUUACGUGUUCAUACGUGUUCCCAAUGAGCGCGAUCAUAUAUUUUUAUAGCAGGAUUGUCGGGAAAGUCUUCAGCCACGAGAAAGCACUGAGGGAACAGGCUAAAAAAAUGAACGUCGACUCCCUUAGAAGCAAUCAGAACGCUCAGAGCGAAUCGGCCGAGUUGCGCAUCGCCAAGGCCGCGAUCACAGUGUGCUUCAUGUUCGUUUGUUCUUGGACGCCUUACGCCGUUUUGGCUCUGAUUGGCGCGUUUGGAAACAAGGCCCUCCUCACGCCAGGAGUUUCCAUGAUUCCGGCACUGGCUUGCAAGUUCGUUGCAGUGAUAGAUCCCUACAUCUAUGCUAUCAGCCACCCGAGAUAUCGAAUUGAGUUGCAAAAACGCUUGCCAUGGUUGGCAAUAAAAGAAUCAGAUGGUGGGGAUACCAGAUCGACUGCUACUGAAGCUACCACCGCUCCUGUACCAGCCUAAGCUUAAAUAAUAUAAUUUAAAUUAUGUAUACAAGUUCGAUAAUACAAAAGAAUGAUGAAUAGGUAAAGAAUGGAUGUUUUAAAAAAUAUAGAUGAUAUUUUGAAGCCAAAUCCCGAAGAACAUAUUGGACACCCUUUACAUAUUUUUAAAGUUAAUAAAACCAUUAUGGAAAGAAGUUAUCAAACUUCUUUCUUCUGCUAGAUCGGUAAUUGUCAAUUAUUAGUGGAAUGUAAAAUGUAUAAAUAUUGUAUUAGUAUACUAUAAUCUAUAAUUUCGGCAGGAAAAAUUAAAAAAGCAAUAUCAAAAAUAUUAGUUAACUUUUAUACCAAUGGUCGGAACAGAAUAGUAUUUUUCAAUGUUAAAAGAAGUUUUUUACUUAAAAUAUUAGAUGUAGAUGUUUUGACUUUUUCUGGAGAGAAAACAAUUUAAAAUAUGCAGCCUGAUUAAUAUAAUAAUAAUUGUUAUACCUGAUAAAUUUAUGACGAAUUUAGCAAUGUUAACGGAAAUGACUAUGGUAAUUAAAUAUCCUUACCCAUAUUUAGAAAAUAUAGAAUAAAUC